AGUAUUACAUAUAUUAAUGAAAUUUGGAAGUGUAUUUAAUCCGAGAGGUGUUCUAGAGAUAAACUACAAGAUAUCAUCCAUAGAUGCUUAUUAAAAUGUCUUAUACACUGGAGAUGAGAAAGGCACAUUAUACAGGUAAAGGAUUAAUUGAUUUAGAUAUCAAUUGUAGCCUGAUUAAGCCAUGAUUAUUCAAGCCAAUUAAGCAUAAUCUAAACCUUUGACCAAAUCAAGGAUUGAUUAAAUCAAAGUUUUCCCUUAAGCAAAUGCUAAUCUUUUGGUUUUAUCAGAUUAGACAUUAUUUUUUGUGGAAGAAAAAACUCUAAAGGGCGAGUAAAUCUCAAAAGAGAAGGUGUCGUUAUUUGCCUUAAACGAAUUUUCGAAAAUAAAUCAAUUUGAGAUAGUGAUAGUGACAAAGAAGAAAGAGGGCUUCAUAUUAUAGUACAAUUAGAAAGCAGGGAAGUUUGAAUGUAUGAGAGAGAGAUUCUUGUUGCCAGACAUUCCUGUAACAAUUGCAUUCAUAGGAAACUUAUUUUAUUUUGGAAUAUCGAAGAAAAAUUAUUCUGUGAUAAAUCUUGAUGACAAGUAACUACAAGUAGCCAAUUUAAUUGUGGACAUUGGUAAUAAUCCAUAUCUCAAGGCUACUGAUAGUGAUGAAAUUUUAAUAAUAACAACUAACAAUGUGGGUAUUUUUAUUGGCAAAGAUGGCUAAAUGAAAUAGAAGAGUACUAUCCAAAUACAAAACAAAUCAAUAUAAAUAAUAACUAUAUUUAAGUAAUAUCUUAUAGUGCUAUUCGAUACAUUAAUACAAGUGUUCAAUUUGUUGGAUUCUAAACCAAUGAGUGAUAUCUAAUUGUCAUCCUCAGCUAAAUGUAUUACUUAAACAUCAAACCAUUUAUUUUACGGAAGUUCUAGUGAAGUAUGAAUUAUUGUAUCAACAUUUUUAGAUCAUAUACUUAUAUUAAACACCUCCUGAACAAUAGAUAUAAGAUUUACUAAAGUAGGGUAAGGUGGAAGAUGCACUCCAAGUAUUUUAACAAUACAAUUAAAACUAAGAUGCAUCAAAGAAUUAGUAAUUGGAAUAGUUGAAAUUGGAUUGUGGUUGGGCUUUGAUUAGAUAGAUGUAGUUUUAGAACUCCUUGAAUUACAUAUUAUAGACAAACUUUGAACCAAGAGAUUUCAUUUGUUUAUUCCCAGAUUAUUACUAUGCUGUAGAGAAAUUAGAAUCAGUUAAUCCAAAUCCAUCUUAGAAUACUAUUUCAUUAAUUAUUGCCAAAUAUGUACAAGAAAACAAUAAAGGAGAUCCAAAGAAGAGUUAAGAAUUGAAAUUGUAAGCAAGAGAAUUCUUGAUUGAAAUUUUAGAAAAGAAAAGAGCCAUUCUAACUUCGACUUAAUAUGCAUAUUCAAUGAAGGAUAAAUUGACUUUGUUGACUAGUACUUAAAUUUACAAUCAAAAUUAAUGGCAUGCUAUACCAUGUGAAUAACUUUUGGAACUCAUAGAUUUUGCAUUAAUAAAGGCUUAUUUAGAAGCUUUAUAAUUACCAAAAUUGAAAAACUUUUUAUCUUGUAAUCAAAUUUAUUGUUUAUCUAUGUAUGCUGAAUUGUAGGCCAUAUUUUAGAAUAAUAAAUAAAUUGAAUAAUAAUAAGGUAUUUUAGCCAGGUUUUAUGAAUCAUUUAAUAAAAUCGAUUUGUCUCUAGAAGUUUGGAGGACAAUAGGAGGUGAUUCUUUGAAUUAAUAAGUUCAAUAAGAGGCUUGUGAAGAAACAACAAGAAUACUCAAGUAGAAUCCAGAUAAGAAUAGAAUAUUCAAGUUCAUAUUGUGGGUUUUCAAGAAGCAAUUUAAAACUGGAAUUUAAAUCUUUUAUGUGAGUGAAAGUAUUGUAUCUCCUGACUAAAUGUUAAAAUUUUUGGAAGAGUAAGAAAUGGAGGCAGAUUUGAAGAGAAAACUAAAAGAAAAAUACUUAGAAGUUUUAGUAUUAGAGAAGUAGACAGAAGAAGAAAGAUUCCAUACUUUAUUAGCAUAUUCAUACAUAGAUUCCUUAUUUAAUAUAUUCCCUAAGGAUAUGUAACCAUCUUAGAUUGAUAUGAAGAAGAAUCAAAUAGCUGGGGAAAUAUAUUCUUCUUUGAAAAAGUACUUGAAAAAUCCGAAUGCCAAAUACAAUUCUUCUAGUAUUUUGGAGAAGAAAGUAAAGGAUUCUUGGAUGAUUGGAGAGGUAAUCCUAUUGUAUGGUCGAGAGAAAAGACAUGAGGAGGCAUUGAGUUAAUUAUUAAAUUUGGGAUAUUAUGAUUGGGCUGAGAAAUAUUGCUGUGACUAUACUGACAAUUUACUAACAAAACUAUUCAAAAAGGUAUGAAAUAUUGUUUAAUCUAAAGUAUAAAGAACUGUAUUUCUUUUUGGAGAGCAAAUAUAAGGAAAGACCAACAGAUCAGUAAACUCAAUAUGCAUUUACUUAAGUUAAAGUAAUAUAAUUAAAUAUUUGAGUUUAGAUAACAAUUAACAAUUUCUUGAAAAAAUAUGCAACACAUUCUCAAUUAAAUGCUUUAGAAGUAUUAGAAAUGAUACCAGAGAAUUGGAUAUUAGCUGAUUAAGGCGAAGAUGAUGGAUUAUUUUAAUUUUUGAAUAGUGUGAUAAGUAAUUACAAAUUUUAUUGCAAGGUCAUACAUUACAUUAGAAAAGAUCAACAAAGGCAGCAUUUCACUUAUCAGACAUGGAUUUAUUGAAUGUUGAAUGCCUGAAUGCCAGUACAAAGUAAGCCAGUGUAAGGAUUACAUCUGAGAAGAAAUGUGCUGUUUGUAGUAGAUCAAUAGGCGAAAAAGUAGGAUUAUUUUAAACUUAUCUUAGGUAUUUGUCGUUUAUCCAAAUGCUGUCAUUGCACAUCAUACAUGUAUUAAAAGUAAUACUGUGUGUCCAUUGACUGAUAAAGAUUUCGAAAAGUAUUUUAAAAUGUGAAUGUGAGUUUAU